CAAAUAUAAACCCAUUUCCAUCAAUAUAGCUAGAAAACACAUAUAUACUUGAUCUUCAUCCAUUGCCAUGGCAUUGCUCCCGAGUUUUUUCAUUCUUCAAUCCGGUUCAAAAUACUUGAGCCUAACCGAAAAUGUCCCACCCGGCCUACCAUCCGGGUUGGUUAAAUUCGAUGAAGAACAAAUAUGGAGUCCGAGAACCAAGUUCGCAGCGGAGCCAUCAGAAUCUGGAGACGGCCGAUUUGUUCACAUAAGGUCGUUGUACAAUAAUAAGUAUCUGGUGAAGAAGCAAAAUGAUGAGAGAAAAUCCUGGUUCCUUGUUGCAUCAGCCAAAAAACCCGAGGAAGACACCGCAAGCGACUCUUGCACAUUGUUCGAGCCUCAUUCCUUGAAAGAUGAUGGGCCAACAAGUGUCCGCUUACGUCAUGUCCUCAUCGAUGAUGAGAAGAGCCACAACUCUGUACAUGUGACACUCUCGUCGUCGUCGUCGUCGUCGUCAGACGAUGGUGUUGACGACGACAAGAAAGGGAUGCUGCUAGCACUAGCAGCAUCCCCAAGCAGCGGAUCUGUUUUUGGUGUAAUUGACAGAGCGAGUCUAGUGGUACUUCCCACUCGAAUCGCAAUUAAAUGGGAUGGUAAGUACCUGCGAUCCAGAGACCAAGACUGGCUCAAUUAUGAGAGAUUCGAGUACGUAGAUAUCACAGAUCCGUUGGUGUUUAAGGUGCUUUACCCUACUGCUGAUGGAAACUAUCGUAUAAAGGAUUCGCAUUGGGACCGGUUUUUCAAGUAUCAGGUUACCUGGAUAUGGGCUAACGGCCAAGAAAACGAGAUUUCUAAGGACACCAAGUUUUCGUUUGUCCAUAUAGAGAACACUGUCUUCGGCAUUCGCAGUUUGGCCAACAACAACUUCUGUGGUGCGCUUUCCGUGGAUUUUAAAGACUUAUGUUUAAACGCGUAUUAUUCUACUUUGUCAUACGAGGCAAGGCUGACUAUAGAGGAGCGUGUCCUUAAAAGGGAGAUCUCUGAUAUCAAAUACCGACUCUCUGACGCAAGAACUUACGGUGAGCAACCCAUAGAAGUUGACACUCAGAUUACGUCAAAUAACUUGACUGAUACCGUCACCACAUCGACCCUAACGUUUACUGAAACUCAUUCGACUACCACUUCCUGGAGUAACAGUGAGACAAUCAAUUUCGGGGUAUCGGUGUCAAUGUCAGUCCAGGAAAUACCGUUUAUUUCCGAGUUGGGGAUCGAGAUGCAUACGGAUUAUACGAGUACACAUGAAUGGGGAGUGUCCAAAACGACAGAGACGUCAAGACAGACGAGUCACAGUGUUCCGGUGAACCCGGGAAAGGCAUGCAAAGUGACAUUAAUGGCCACAAUGGGUAAGUGCGAUGUUCCCUUCAACUACACUCAGCGUGACCUUCUGUUGACAGGUGAAUGGGAAGAAACUAAAAAAUAUGACGGCCUUUUCACGGGCGUCAACAACUAUAAGUUCGUUUAUAAGGCAGUGGAAAUAGAUCCUUAUUAAGUCGAUCUUUUUCUCAUGUGUGUUAUUAUCGUAUGCUUUUAUUACUUGUUUGAAUAAGUUGCAUUCUGGGUGAUACCCGCUUGCUCUGUUUUUCUAUAUGUUUUAACUCUUCAAAAUAAGGGUAAAGAGAGAGGCAAAGACGGUCUAUAUCUUAACUUUCUCCUCUCCAUAUACCGUUAUGAUAUUGGGCCCAAAACCGCAGAAGAAGGUAGUGUGAUAUGGUCUUAUGCAAAGUGAUAUGUUUGUAAUUUCGGGAUAUAUGUUCAAUAAUACUCUGUUUGUGUAAAAA